CUGCGGGGUGCUGGCCCAGCGGCCGCGGAACCUAGGCUGCUGGUGCUGGGGGUCCCUGGUGAGUGAGGGCCGCGCGGCCGUGCCGUGCGAUGGAGCGGGCGAAGAUGGCGGAGGAGAGCCUGGAGACGGCCGCGGAGCACGAGCGGAUCCUGAGGGAGAUCGAGAGCACAGACACGGCCUGUAUCGGGCCCACGCUCAGGUCUGUUUAUGAUGGUGAGGAACAUGGACGAUUCAUGGAGAAGCUAGAAACUCGUAUCCGCAAUCAUGACCGAGAAAUUGAGAAAAUGUGCAACUUUCACUACCAAGGCUUUGUAGACUCUAUUACUGAACUCCUGAAAGUACGAGGGGAAGCCCAGAAGCUCAAAAACCAAGUGACGGAUACGAAUAGAAAACUGCAACACGAGGGCAAGGAACUGGUGAUAGCAAUGGAAGAGCUGAAGCAGUGUAGACUACAACAGAGGAAUAUCUCUGCUACUGUCGAUAAGUUAAUGCUCUGCCUUCCAGUCCUAGAGAUGUACAGCAAACUGAGGGACCAGAUGAAAACCAAAAGGCAUUAUCCUGCACUGAAGACUCUGGAGCAUCUGGAACACACCUAUCUGCCUCAAGUGAGCCACUAUCGAUUCUGUAAGGUGAUGGUGGACAACAUCCCCAAGCUUCGAGAAGAGAUAAAGGAUGUUUCUAUGUCUGAUCUCAAAGACUUUCUGGAGAGCAUCCGCAAGCAUUCAGACAAAAUUGGAGAGACUGCUAUGAAACAAGCCCAACAGCAACGAAACCUGGAUAACAUUGUCUUGCAACAGCCUAGAAUAUGUAGCAAGAGAAAAUCUAAGAAAGAUGUGUAUACAGUCUUUGAUGCAGAGAUGGAGAGCACAAGCCCAAAGUCUGAACAGGAUUCAGGAAUUCUGGAUGUUGAAGAUGAAGAAGAUGAUGAAGAGGUACCCGGGGCUCAAGACUUGGUGGAUUUCUCUCCUGUAUAUCGGUGUCUGCACAUAUAUUCUGUUCUGGGUGCCCGAGAAACGUUUGAAAAUUACUACCGAAAACAGAGGCGAAAACAGGCUCGUUUGGUGCUCCAGCCUCCGUCAAACAUGCAUGAAAAUUUAGAUGGCUACAGGAAGUAUUUCAAUCAAAUUGUAGGCUUUUUUGUAGUUGAAGAUCACAUUUUGCAUACAACCCAAGGCUUAGUGAAUAGAGCCUACAUUGACGAGUUGUGGGAAAUGGCACUUUCAAAGACCAUCGCAGCAUUGCGCACCCACUCGUCCUACUGUUCUGAUCCAAACCUUGUGUUAGAUUUGAAGAACCUCAUUGUACUCUUUGCUGACACACUCCAGGUAUAUGGUUUUCCUGUGAAUCAACUUUUUGAUAUGCUUUUAGAAAUCAGAGACCAGUAUAGCGAGACUCUGUUGAAGAAGUGGGCAGGUGUUUUCAGAAACAUACUUGAUUCUGACAACUAUAGUCCCAUACCAGUAACGAGUGAAGAGACAUAUAAGAAAGUUGUAGGACAAUUUCCAUUUCAAGAUAUAGAACUGGAAAAGCAGCCAUUUCCCAAAAAGUUUCCUUUCUCUGAAUUUGUGCCAAAAGUUUACAACCAGAUUAAAGAAUUUAUCUACGCCUGCCUGAAGUUUUCAGAAGAUCUUCAUCUAAGCUCCACUGAAGUUGAUGACAUGAUCCGUAAGUCCACAAACCUGUUACUGACCAGAACUCUGAGCAACUCUCUGCAGAAUGUCAUCAAAAGAAAGAACAUUGGCCUUACUGAGCUUGUUCAGAUUAUCAUCAACACAACACACUUGGAGAAGUCCUGUAAAUACUUGGAGGAAUUCAUCACCAAUAUCACUAAUGUUCUUCCAGAGACGGUUCACACCACCAAACUCUAUGGUACCACAACUUUCAAGGAUGCUAGACAUGCGGCUGAAGAAGAGAUAUAUACAAAUUUAAAUCAGAAGAUUGACCAGUUUCUGCAGCUGGCUGACUACGACUGGAUGGCUGGAGAGUUAGAAAGCAAAGCUAGUGAUUACCUAGUUGACCUCAUUGCCUUCCUCCGGAGCACAUUUGCCGUAUUCACACACCUUCCUGGAAAGGUAGCCCAGACAGCCUGUAUGUCAGCUUGCAAGCAUUUAGCCACAUCCUUGAUGCAACUGUUGCUGGAAGCGGAAGUAAGGCAGCUCACUUUGGGAGCAUUACAGCAGUUCAACCUGGAUGUCAGAGAAUGUGAACAGUUUGCCAGAUCCGGCCCGGUGCCUGGGUUCCAGGAGGACACGCUGCAGUUGGCCUUCAUCGACUUGAGACAACUAUUGGACCUCUUCAUUCAGUGGGAUUGGUCCACAUACCUUGCUGACUAUGGACAACCCAACUGCAAGUAUCUCCGAGUGAACCCUGUGACUGCUCUGACCCUGCUUGAGAAGAUGAAAGAUACUAGCCGCAAGAAUAACAUGUUUGCACAGUUCCGGAAAAAUGAACGAGACAAACAGAAAUUGAUUGACACUGUGGCCAAGCAGCUCCGAGGACUCAUCAGCAGCCACCACUCCUGAAUGUUGGCCUUGUGCCCACAGAGACCAUUUGCCAUAGCCCCUGUCCAGGAUCUCCCCUGGGCCAGCCCUGCAUUUGUGCAUUCUUCCUCAAAGAGAGCAUAUGUAUUUUUUUAUUAACUCCUGUACAGUAUUCAUAUAACCUUUCCCUAUAGUAAGAGAGGCACAAGAAUAAUCAAGAAUAUGAGGGGCAUAGUGAUGGGGGGGGGGCUGCCAUACUUUCUGUGUUAUCCUGGAAAAGAUACACUAUCAGUGCUAAUAUGAUGAGCUUCCUCUUAUCCGGGGCCCCACAAAUUCGAUGGGUACCUGUGCUGGGAGUUGAGAUAAGGAAGUAAAAUAUGUAUCCUGUUUGCUCUCAAGUGCUCACUAAGUGCAUAGGAGAGCCUGGCAGACAUAGCUAUGUAGUUUACCAAAGCCAGCCUUAGUUUAGGGUAUGUAUCUGCCUCAUUGGCUUACUUAAUGGCCAUAAGAGUGAGGCAUGUGGCAAGAUGACACUUCUACUCUGGUGCCAUAGAUGGCAGUUUCAUUAGUGGAGUCUAACCAGACCUUGUGGCUGGUGAGGGGUAGUUAGCUGAGUAAACACUUGGGCCCAUGCUGAAAAGCUAGUUGUCUCACUGGGUGAGUUGUUUUUCUGUAUCUUGAAAGCCAAUUUGGGUCCCCAAGGAACCCAGCUUCUUUUCCAUUCAUCUCUGUCCCUUCUUUCAUGACCAUAACACUUGGUUCAUAAUAUAGAUCAACAGUGGCUUUUGAAGGUUCCUGAGGAGAGUCUCAUACUUGCCUUCUGCAGCAGCAUCUACGUGGUCUGAACCCCCGAAGCCUGGAAACAGCCUGGGUGCUUUCACCUUGAGGAAAGCCUGAUAACUUCUUGAGAUUGUUCACUUACGUUUUAACAACAGCCUUCUGGCUACCACCUUUAAAGCAAAUGUCCUACAUGAUGGGCUCAACCUCCCCAGGACUGGAUGUUUCUGGGAAUGGAUCUGUCACCAUGGGGUAGACAAGGUCAGCUGUAGCUGAGGUUUGUUGCCUCUGACCCAACUGUCAUCAACUAAGUCACAUCAUAGAGACAAAGCUCAUCUUGCUCAAGCCCAGGGCUCCCAUCUUCUGAGCUGUCCCUUGGCUUUACCUCUUAGUGCUUUCCUAAAGUCCUAUCUUUAAUCUCUGGAGCCUGGACCAGCCAGAUAGACUACUGAGACAUGGCCAGGGCUUUACUGUGCCAUUAGUCAGAGGUGUCUGUGCACUCAGACAGUUGUGGAAGCUGUUAGGCUAACUGCUUAUAAUUGCUUCAUAGAACACUAUCCAAGAUGUCACAAAAGUGUUCCCACUUUCAGUGAUGAGCAGAAAGACUGGUCAAACUCUCAUUGCCUGGGACCUUCUGGGACAGCAGUACUUCUGUAUCUCUCAGCCCACUGUAGCCUACCCCAUCUUGAACACACCCCACCCUUACCAUAGCCAUCUUAAGUACCAACAGGAAGAGACUACUGUACAGAGGCACAGCUUCCUAUAAUGAAAGAUCAAGCCGCUCAGAUGCUCUGCAGAUGCCUGCAAGCCUCAUCAAUGGGCUACACAAUGGUGCAGAG